AUGGACAGGGCUGCACCCAGUCGACAAGGGGUGCCCGCUCGUAGUGGCCUGAGGAAGCCACGGCCUUUCAGCAGCUACAGCAGCCUGAGUGGCCCAUACAGAGGCUGCGCAGAGACUGAGUUAAGGUUAGCUAGCACACACCAAUACUUCUUCAACAGACUUCAGCUUCCAGCAAAACAACAAGACGACCAACUCUACUCCACGCUCCCUCCGUACGCACCCUCCCCUCCCCCACCACACGCGACGCCUUCGCACUCGAAUGAGGCUCACACAAAGUACUUGCCCUCGGUCGACGACGACAUCGACAUCGACAUCGAUUUCGAAUCCGACUUCAACUUCCAAAAUACAUACCGGCGUCAGAUCCUCGACCUCGCCUCCCAUUCACAGAGUGGUCAAGGCUGCGGUGCUUCAGCUCUAGGUCGCUGA